CGGUUUUGUACUCUGAGAGCUCAGUAAAUAAAUCCCUUCUGCUUGCGUCAGUGGAACAAUUGCUAUAGGUACCAGUCCCUUAUCAAUGCACCUGCAGAGAGGGAGUGAACACGGAACCAGCAGUAUGUGAGACUUCCAGAAAUACAGGUCGGGCAAGAUUCCGUGAACUGCCUAGCAGCUGAAGAAACUGACCCUAAGCAGGGAAAAGGUGACAGAGGCAGAAGGGAAGCAGGUUCCAAGUGCGACACAUCUCUGCCAACCUGUGCAAGUAAGAGAAACAUGGCAAAUGGGACUUGAUUUACCUGUGAGACAGACACGGCUGUGUGUUACAAAAGAUUUCUCAUGCGCCAUUUUCUGCGAUGUCGGACAAUACUUCCACUCAGCAGCUUGAAGAAGAUGUUUCUUCCGAGUGCAUCAUUUGUUUUACUCCAUUUGACUCUCUCUUCCACCUUCCAAAGAUACUCUCAUGCAAGCAUGUAUUCUGCCUGGAGUGUCUGUCCCGCAUUACUGUGUGUUCAACCGAACCAGAGACCCUGCCCUGCCCUAUCUGCCGCCUUCCCACAACUCUACCAUCAAAGAAGGGCCCUCCAGCACUCUCUACUGACCAGAAUUUGUUGAACAAAAUUAGCAAGCCACCAAGUAGUCCUACCCCAAGUGUAAGAUUCAGCCGUAAACGCGGUCUUUUAUAUGUACAGAACUCAAAUCCUCUCCACCUCAGCACAGUCAGCCUCAGUGUAGAUCUUGGGCAACCACCUCCUCGCCCCAGCUCAGUUCGAAAUGUACGGGCCAUCUUAAGUAAUGGUGGCUGCAUUUUUUAUAGUUCCAUUGGUGCUGCCAUUUUACUGACAGUUGCUUUAGUUUUGGCUGGGGUUUAUAUAUUUUAUCUGAUUCCCUGGAAAAUUGCAAAUGGUGGUAUUACAGGGCCCGGAAAUAACAAUAUGACAACAGGAGCAAGCAACAUUACAACUAUUGCCACAAUUCCUAUACACAACGAGGGAGAUAAGUGAACUGGAUAACCUAUCCCCUGACAUGAAUUCUUUUAAUGGGUGUACUGUGUGCAAUAUGGAAACCUAAGGAAACAAACUAAUGUUUAAGCAGACCAGGUGUUUCUUCUUAGCUUCUGUUUCUUUUGGAUAGGAUUCAUCACCCAAGUGGGGUUUAAAUCAAUCAUUCUAAUGGAAAUUAUUUCUUUAAGCCUAGCACUUUGCUCUGUGGCAGCAAACACCAGUUCGUUAAAUAAGUCACAGAUUUAUGUUUUAUGAUUUAUUUCAAAUCAAGCAAAAUUUGCAAUUGAAAUUGAUAUUCCUGUGACUUCUCUUGCAUUCUAUUGUUGCACUGAAUGAAUUUUACAGAGGAAGGAAAAACAUGAAUGAACCGGAAUUCACAAAUCUUCCAUGAAUCAGGAUACUGUCUAAUGUAACUUGGUGUAACUACAAGUACUUGCUAACAAAAGAUAAGUAAAGUAUUAAGGAACCAUACAAUGCCAGUCUGAUAUGGCAGAGAAUUUCUCCACUCACAGAAAAGAACCCUGGGCUUCUGCAGGUCCUGCCUGAUACUUUGUAGUGUAGAAUGAUUUAAAGGUUCAUGCAUAUAUCAGACUACUGCACUACAAAGUAUCCGACCUGGAGAAGCUAACAUUCAUUCGUUAUUUAAGUGUUGUACUAGAGAUAUCAUUUGUUUUGGCAUUUGCACAUUUUUAACUGAUCAGUCCAGUACUAUGCAGCAGUGAAAUAGCUUGAUGCUUCCUUGCUCAUAACUACAGUUUAUUGCUGAGGAGAGAGAGAGAAAGAAUAUCUAGAUUUUACAUUAUUAGGCCUAACAUCCUAUUUUUGGAGAUUGAACUGUAAUAAAUGCUUGCCCUUUGAGCAGUAAAUUAUUUUUUAAAUAGGGCCUUAAUGUGUCUAGGUUAAUAUUUUUUGUCUGACAAUGAAUUAUUGUUUCCAGCAUCCCUGAACCUGAAUUGCUGUUUGGUCAUUAAUCUGGUUAAUCAUAAGCAGCUGGUCCACUAUGUUUCUACUUACUAUUUGCCCAACAGACCUUCAGGACAACUUGUGCAUAAAAGAACUGUCUAAUUGUACAAAUCAGAAAUCUCACAGAGAAGGUACAGCCCAGGACAACCACACAUGAACCUGUAGUAUGGCUGAUCAUGAAGGGGAAAACUAUGACAAUCCAAAUGCACUGCACAAACAUUUUGGAAGAAGCUGGCUUCUAACUAUCUAAUCAUGAUGGGACAUUUAUUUCAAUUAAUAAAGGAAGGUCAUUGUUUGUCCACAGUAUUGCUGUAUACCUCUUGAUUUGAAAUGAUAAAUAAAACAAUGUUUUAAUUUUU